AUGGCGCAUUGGAUAUGGCUGCUGUUCCUACCUUUCCUCGAGGUUGCUUCGUGGAGACAUGCUGAGAGGGGCACGUCUGCCUUGCAGAGCUCGACAGGGCUGAUCCAGGCAAUGUUUGGAACAUCAGAGAUGGAGGUCUUAUCCAGCUCCUCCAUGGAGAAGGUGCUCUGCACCCGACGACUGCCUUACUUUCGCAACCGCCUGUGCCUUCAGCUGAAGAGCCACGCCGCCGUUCUGGAGACCACCGCGGCGGCCCUACGAGGGUCGUCUUCGCUCAAUAACGACAGCUCUGUCAGCCUUGACAAGGCGCCGCUGUUGCGGGCGCUGAAGAAUCCGAUCCUGGCCCUGCCGGACGUCACUGUCGACCUGGCGUGGAUGGGCUGCAGCACGUGCGUGCCAGAGAUGCGGACUUGCUCAGCGGACCAAAUUUGCCGCACUGAUCCCAAAGACGAUCUCAGCUAUCCCUGGAUUCGGAUCUUCCCGCUCUCGCUCGGGUCGCUGGUGGCAGGCCCGUGCUAUGGCAUUGCUGAUUUGCUUGUGUCUGCCCCAGCGGCAGCGGCAUUCGCCCCGUUAUUGGGGGCCCUUGCACCUUACCUUGCUGGGUUGCUUGGGACUCUCACCGGUCGCAUCUUCGAUGAGCUGCUUCUGGGGCGCUACUGUAUCUACCUGUCCACCCACUUGGAGAAAGAAGUGCUGGGCGGCCAGGUCCUUUCCCAGGACUCCACCUGCAUCGACCACAUGUACACCAUUCACAUUCCAGGCAUCUUCGGCAUCGUGAAGGCACGGAAGUUCUCCGACCCUGGAACUCCGCUUGUCUGCUGGCCGACAGCGAGCGAGCCAGGAGGUGAGCCACUUUUUACCGACGUUGCGGAGUCCGCCACAGCCACCACCCGCGUGGAGGAUGCCAUUGAGGCGGAUGAUCUGAAACCUCCGUCGAUCGUAAAGCCGGCUGACGUUCUCAACCAGGACAAGGUUUGCCGUGAAGGCGCCUCCGAAAACCUUUGCACUGCUUGCGAGGUGGCCAUUCAGGCAGCUACCUGGCGUCUGCUACGCUGGAGUGAAAAGCUCCACUCCGCCCGCUCUCUCACGGACAUGGUGUCCGAAACAGCGAAAGAUGAGGACUCAGCUCAGGGUCUCGAGCUCGUGGAGAGCAAAAUGCUCAUACAUGCAAACACGAAGAGACAGUGCGAAAUGGAUCAUGACCAAUCGUGCCUCAAAGACUACUCGCUUUGCCUCUUGAAAGCAGGCUUCGAGAACGCCGAGGAGUGUGAAGUGAGCGUGGUGCACAUGCAAGACAGGACUCCGUUCUGCUGGUGGCUUUGCGAUGAGACUUCCAUAUGCCCCACGACGUGGUUCUCCGAGCCUACUUGCGCUGUGUCCAAAGAACAUGAAAAUGCCACCUGCCUCGUUGCACUUCACGGGACCGAGACAGCUGUCAGGAAGCAUGUGCAGUCCUCCAGGUUCUCCGACAGACACUGGGUCCACUGCAACCCUGGGCACAAAACAUUUUAUCCUGCAAACUGGCGGAACCGGAUGGUCAAACUCUACGCGGCCUACCGGCACAUACCAGAUACGACGGAAGCGACGCGCGCGGCAGCAUCACGCCAGGUCUAUCAAAGGCUGUCGGAGCCGGCGCCAUCCGCUCCGCAUCUUUCGAUGUUGGAUGUGUCGCUGCUCCGCAUUGGACAGCUGGCGUCCAAUCACAGCAAAGACAAGCUGCGCACACUGCUCUGCAAAGAAGUGGCCUGCUGUUCCGCUGAGCACCGAGGCAUCGGCUAG